CGAUGAAUUCUUACAGCUUCAAGGAUAAGUACAUGGUGAAGUUAGAACAGAGGAUCCAAGUGUCCCGUCAUGGUGACCGGCGAGACUCGGCUUUGUUAGGGAGAAGGAACAGGAAGCUCCGUGAGGAUAAUGAGAGCUCCAGAGGAAAUAGAGCUUGUACCAGGACACAAGAGGAGAACCGGGAUAAGGACCAGAUGUCUGACAGCGAACAGAGCGAUGCCUCCUACUCGUACUCGGACAGAUUCGAGAGCAAUUCCCUGUCUGACAGGCCCUUCUCACCACACCAUCCUCCAACACCACGCAAAGGGCCAAGGACACAGAGAGUAUCAAAAAUCUCUGUGCACCCGACAGGGGUGCGUAAGGUUGUACCUCGGCGUCCUGGUCCCCUGACCCUACCCCCUCUUUCGUGCGCCAGCACUGUGCACUCUCAGAAACUCAGUAAAGAUGCUCCUCCCCAAAACCUGAGCCUGGUCACCAAGACGCAGCUGUCUGCCCGCCUGUUGAAGAUUACCCAGUUGAAGAACACACUGGCUGAGCAGCAGGCGCACAUCGACGAACUACAGCGAGAAAAUCGUCUACUAAAGCAGUUUCAGCUUCGGCAAGAGAAAUCGCUACAACGCUACGGCAACACAGAGAGCGAGAUCUCGGAGCUCAUCACACGCCAUGAUAAUGAGAUUCAUGUCCUGCGAGAGAGGCUACAGCGCAGUCUCAAGAAGGAGCGCAUGGCCGAACGCCGCUGCACAGAGGCAGAGGCGCAGCUAGAGCAAUGCCAAGACCAGCUGCACAAACUGCAGCAGCUCGCUGACGAAAAGCGUCUUGGGGAAAAAGGAGAGCUGGCACGCAAGCUCGCACAUGCACAGGUCAAAGUGCAGGAGAGCGAGCGUAAAGUCAAGGAACUGGAAAAGAACAUAGAGUUGAGUAGAGGGAUCUUCCAGAGGCAGCUGGCGAGCGAGCGGAAGAAAACCCUUGAUGCCCAACAGGAAUCCCGGACACUGCGGAAUCAAAUCACCAAGCUAAGCGCCAAACUAAAGGAGAGAGAACGAGAGCUGGACGCCAGGGGCAUUUAUGAACUAGAAAAUUCCACCGGGAGGAAAGGUGGCAGUAGAAGCAGCAGUAAAGCAGUGCAGACUGAAGAAGUGUCUCUGAAGGAGCAGGAAAGCAGUGAGCAGAGAGAGACAGGAGCAGGAGCGCAAAGGAUUCAGGAGACAAUAAGAGCGCAGGAGGAGGUUAUAGCAUGUGGGAUAGAGAAAGAGCUGAUAGAGAAAGACGGAGUCACGGAAAGAGAGAGAAAAAUGGAAAGUGGAAAAGAAAGGGUGCAGAAGCAGGGAGUGAACCUUGAGUUUGAUCUGAGCAAAAAGAAAGGGACGAGGCAAGGAGAUGGGAGAGACCGAGAUGAAGAAGACAGGAAGAGGAGAAGUGACUGGCAGACUGAGGAAGAGAAAGUUAAAGAGCCACACCUGAGCGAGCAGGAGAUUCAGGCCAGUCAGGAGCGUGCAGAAGAACAGCGCAGACGCAAAGACCAGCUUUUGGCCAAAUUGCGUGAGGUUGACAUGGAAGGUCAGGCACAGUACUCCAGAUUCUUCCAUGACGAAACAGAAAGAGCUCAAAACCCUCCUCAAGAGCAUAACACCUCCGUCUUCAGCUUCAUAGAGCCUCAUGAACAUCUGAGCACGCCUGAGACCGGGAAACAGGGCACGGCUCUGAGAUCACUGAAAACCAAUCAGGACCUUGACCUCACCUUUGGCAGCUACACUCCAUCGUUUGGUGAUCGCACUCCUCGAAGAGGUCUCAGAUGCCGGAGCCCGAGACAGACCGUGGAGCAGCUGUCAGAAGACGAGAAUGAAGUGAUGGACCUGACUGAACACACAAAGGAGAAGAAGUCUGAUCUCCUGCAGCAGCUGUUCGGGUCCUCAUUUUUAUCUGCGUCCAAUGAGUCACACAAGAUGGAGCUUCUGAGUUCUCCAGGCACGAAAUCUACAAGUGGACGCGGAAGAGGCACGCUGAACAUCUCUGACAGUGGCCCGGCUUUUACAGCCAUUACGACCCUGGACAGUGACAUCGAUGAAAUCACACUGUGAUGAAAUGUCUCUGAUGUGUUUGUGGGGUAUUCUAAUGAGGGAUUUUUUGGGUAAGUUUGCUAAAUUGUUUUUGAUUGAUUGACUUCUGUGGUCAUGAAGUCUUCUGAGCAUCUAGUGUUGUCCUACCUCAAGGACAUUACAGACCCUCUCCUGGAUCCACUACAGUUCGCCUACAAAUCCAACAGAUCUGUAGACGAUGCUGUGAACAUGGUGCAGCAUGAACAACCUGGAGCUCAACUCUCUCAAGACAGAAGAGAUGACAGUGGAUUUCAGGAAGGACCCUUUGCUGUACCUGGCAAUAAAACGUUUUCUGAUUCUGAUUAACAUCUUUAUAUUUACUGUCCUGCUUGAUUCGUACUGUUGUGAAUUCACUGAAGCAGAC